GCACCGAGCGUCGCUAUGGAGAGGAACCCCAUCCCGGUGCUGACAGUGCAGACGACGCCCUACGAGGACCAGCGGCCGACGGGCGGCGGGGGGCUGCGGCGGCCCACGGGGCUCUUCGAGAGCCAGCGCAACUACCUGCCCAACUUCGUGCAGAGCUUGCUCUCCUCCGUCGACCUCCGCGACCGCCAGGGCUGCACCAUGGUGGUGGGCAGCGACGGCCGCUACUUCAGCAAGACGGCCAUCGAGAUCGUCGUCCAAAUGGCCGCGGCCAACGGGAUCGGCAGACUGGUUAUUGGGCAGAAUGGUAUCUUAUCCACACCUGCUGUUUCAUGUAUUAUUCGAAAGAUAAAAGCAGCUGGUGGGAUUAUUUUAACAGCCAGCCACAGUCCUGGGGGACCUGGAGGAGAGUUUGGAGUCAAGUUUGAGGUUGCAAAUGGAGGACCUGCUCCAGAUGUAGUUUCAGAUAAGAUUUAUCAAAUCAGCAAAACCUUGGAAGAAUAUGCCAUUUGUCCUGAUCUCAGAGUUGAUUUAUCUCGCUUAGGAAGACAAGAGUUUGAUCUGGAGAACAAAUUCAAACCUUUCCGAGUGGAAAUUGUUGAUUCUGUGGAUAUCUACCUCAAUCUCCUUCGAAAUAUCUUUGACUUCAACGCAAUCAGAAAUUUACUGACUGGACCCAAC